AUGACAUCACCAUGGUCUGAAAGCCAAUUUAGUAAUGUGGAUAUGAAUCAGUCUUCAUUGGUUACUGACAUGGCUUGUUUCUGCUGGUGCAAAAAGGUAUGAGAUCAAGUGUGCAUCUUAAAUGGCACCCUAAACCCUACACAGUGCACUAGCUUCGACCUAUGGAGUCCUAUGGGUCCUGGUCAAAUGUAGUGCACUAUAUAGGGCGGCAGGUAGCUUAGUGGUUAAGAGCGUUGUGCCAGUAACAGAAAGGUUGCUGGUUCUAAUCCCCGUGCCGACUAGGUGAAAAAUCUGUCGAUGUGCCCUUGAGCAAGGCACUUAACCCUAAUUGCUCAUGUAAGUCGCUCUGGAUAAGAGCGUCUGUAAAAAUGGGAAUAGGAUCCCAUGACUAGACCUCACCUCCAUAAAUUGUAUCUCCUUUUUUUUGUCCGUAUACUGCAAUUAAUCUUUAGGCUGCAAAUGUGUACAAGACAGCCUAACUAAUAAUACAACCUUUAUAUAUAUUUGGGACUUAAACCAGGUUAUUUAGCCUAACAACACCUAGUGUGCACAUUCUUUUAAAAGACAUUCUGGAAAAUUGUUUGACUUGUGCCAAUGUCACUUAACAUGUAGGCCAUCUGGCAGCCUAUUACAUCUUGUUAUAAAGGCAGCUCUGCCUUGAGGACAGAAACAAAUGUAAAUGGUUAAAUUUAGGCAAUAAAUGUGAUUGGUUCAGUUAAAGGCUAGUAGGGUAGGGGUUGGGUUAGCCCAGUCCCAGAUUUGUUUGUGCUGUCUGUCUUCUCCUAUGUCAUUGUCAUGCCAUGCUAUGUCAUUGUCAUGCCAUGACAUAGGAGUUGCAAGACAGCACAAACAGAUCUGGGACUCGAGCUAGAGUUUUGUUAAGUUUAGGUACAAAUAAUUGUUUAGUGGUUGGAGCGAGGUUAGAAAACACAAUUCAAUCCAGCAACCUUGCGUGUGGCAACCCAUGUGAUAUGCCUUAAAUCCAACACCAAUUUACCACCUAGCAAGUGUAUUUAACUCGCACUGGGUGCUGUAAGCUCUGCCCACUGACCAUUGAGCUUUAAUUGAACCAACCACAUUCAUUCUGCCCUUGAGGCAGAGCUGCCCUCAGGGCAAUAUUGAAUAAAGAAAACUGUCCCUAACCAAUCUGGGUUGUUGUUUGAGGUUUAGGCUAAAUCUCUAGUACUUGUUAACAUUAUUUUGACCAACCCUUUGUCCAUCUUUUGGUGAAUAAGAGAAAAAGCAUUUAGCAUUUCAAUAAACCGAUGACCAACCCACAAACAACAUGGAAGCUAUCAAAAAACAAGGAAGAUGAAGGCACUCUUGUCUUCAAAUUAAAAUGCCUUUAUUGUGGUGGCAUGUUCAAUUAAACAAUAUGUUAAAAAUGUGGGGGGAAAAAGAAAACAAUGGAGCAUAUCUACAAUACUUUAUGUAUACUGCAUAACUUUGCUCUUCAAUAAAACAUACUUGAUAUUUGAACUCUAUAUUUAAAAAAAAUCUAGAUUGGGAUGCCAGAUGGUGGUGUCAUACAUGACUGAUUAAUUGUGUAUCCCCAAGGAGAAGUGUACUCCUGAGUGGCGCAGUGGUCUAAGGCACUGCAUCGCAGUGCUAACUGUGCCACUAGAGAUCCUGGUUCGAAUCCAGGCUCGGCCGCGACCGGGAGACUCAUGGGCGGCACACAAUUGGCCCAGUGUUGUCCAGGGUAGGGGAGGUUAAUGGCCGGCAGGGAUGUAGCUCAGUUGAUAGAGCAUGGCGUUUGCAACACAAGGGUUGUGGGUUCGAUUCCCACGGGGGGCCAGUAUAUAAAAAAAAAAUGUAUUCACUAACUGUAAGUCUCUCUGGAUAAGAGCGUCUGCUAAUUGACGUAAAUCACAAUGGUAUUAAAGCCAAUUUGAACAAUGGUUUAAUGUGGGUAUGAAUCAGUCUUCAUUGGUUAUUGACAUGGCUUAUUUCUGCUGGUAUGAAAUCAGGUCAUUUAAUCGAUUAACUACUUAAAUUCUGGUAUAGUAUUUUUCUCUUAGACCUAGUGGUGAGAAUAAAAAUAAAAGUACAUUCUGAUUGACGAAUACAUAAAAAGUGUACAUGAAAUGUACAUGAAGUUUGGCUUUUGCAAAUGUCACUCAACAUAACCUGUAUAUACUGAGUUAUUUGAGGUUUAGGAUAUAUAGCUAAGUUCCUCUAAUUUAGGCCUACCUCUCCCUUUCCAUUGGCUGGGGAUCGGGGGAAAAAAGUAUUUAGCACUGUCACAUUUUCUUGUCAACAGAAAAAACGGCAGAAAGCCAAUUCAAUUGAUGUGGAGCAGAAGACAAGAAAGAAGAAGGAGAGUAGCAAUUCAUCCCCCUCUCCAAUUCCACCUGACCGUUCUGAACGGAAUGUCUCCUCCACCUCUGUCCCCUCACCCUCUGACCAACUCUCCUCCCUCCAUCCACCUCCCUCUCCUGUUAAAUGUUCCUCUCAGCCUUGCUCUCCUGCUAAACACCCCUCUCUCCCCCGGUCACCUGCCAAACACCCUUCCCCAGUGAAAUCCACUCCAAUGGUGUCCCUCCCUAGUUCUCUCUCUCCUACCAACCUUCUGGACCGUCAUGGACACACCAGCCAAGAGGGCGCAACUGUCAGGUAAUUCAAACAAAAAUAAAAUAAGUACAGUGCCAUCCUAGAGUCUCCUUGGAGAGGUGGGUUUAGGGCCAGUGUUUAUCAAGAGAAUGAGUGAUAAUCUAGGAUCAGGUCCUCUCUGUCCAUAAUAAACUGAUUUAUUAUGAUCUAAAAGGCUAAACUGAUCCAAGAUCAGAUUCCUACUCUGAGACGCUUGAUAAACAGUCCCAGAAAGUUAUUUUUCUCAAACUGUAGUUUUAGGCUCUUCUCGCCCCAUCUAGUGGAUAAAGAGAGUACUAACCUAUUGCCCUGGUUUACUUGAUACACUGCAUUUAUAUGGACAGCAAUACAUUCAUAACUACUCAGACUGUGUUUAUAGUACAUUAUAGUAUUUAAGAGAGAGACUGUGUAGAGUGAUACUAUCUCUGCUUUGGAGGCUUUAGACCUGUUUCUCUCCUUCCUCCAGACUGUCUCUUCAGGACUACUUUAGCCCAAUGCCGCAGAGGCCUAUCUCAGCCGCCAGAAGCCGGACUCGUCCCAGGGCCAGCUCAGCCACCAGAGGGUCAGAGGAGACCCAGGGGGCCAGAGGACAACGGGGGGCAGGGGUCAACAUGGAACAUCUUGGGUGAACCACAACACACCGCAGAUGCAACCACAACACACCGCAGAUGCAAUGAAAAUAAACUCUUUAUUGUUUAGAGAUCAAUGACUGAUAUAGUAUGGGGACAGGGCUUACUAUCAAGCAUGCCAGUUUUAUUAGAUCAUUAUAAACCCAUGCAUUAUGGUCAUCUUGGUCUAAAGGACAUCCACUCCUUUGUGUACUCACAGAAUUACAUAGAAUUUAUCCCUGACCAAGGUGGCUGCCAUUGUAAUCACAUUCUAGAGUUAUGAAGGUUUAUGACAUAGGCCACUCUAUGUUUCUGGAUAUUGUAUCUCUAUGUGUAAACUGAUGGCUGCUUCUUCUUCACAGGUUGCCUAACAUUGGCAACACUUGCUUCCUUAACGCCACCCUGCAGUGCCUUCUGGUCCUGCCUUACUUCUCAAAGGAAAUCCUACGCCAGGAACAACUCUGGAGCUCCUCCCCCUUCUCCAACCUGCUCAGGUAAGGGAAGGCUCAAGAGCAGACACACACCCACCCACCCACUAUUUGUGGUCAUAAAUUAAAGAAGGGACACACUCUUUUCCCGCCACUUCGAUAGAAAGUGAUUUUCGUAGAAGGUUAGGAGAGCAUUUUCGCUAACCCUAACCCUUUUCCUAACCUUAAUCUCAGUCUCCUAAUCGGCUACCUUAAUUCUCCUAACCUGCUGCGUAAGUUCCUGUAAGCUGCUAGGAAAAAGUCACUUCGGUAUCGAAGUGGCAUGAAAAGAGUGUUUCCCAUUACGAAAGAAAGCCAUCUAUAUUAGAAUAACGUGAGCCACAAAACUGCAGCAGGAUCUCCUCCUUCAAUGAUGCGCUGACUUUCUUUAGUCAGUUGAGAGCAGUAUCCAAACCAAAUAUCUUAGGAGAAUAAACAACACAUUUUUGUAGUUUUGCUUCAUUGUCCGUCCUCAAAGGUGAAAUUGCAUUGUAUCGAAUUAAUCAUUUCCAAUGAUGGGGUGCCGCUAGUUUAAGAAUAUUUGGAUAUACUCAUCUGCCUCUUCAGCCGUAGGCCAGUAGGUUGACGCCAUCCAGUCAGCUGCUAAUUUACUCUCUGUCUCCCCUACAGGGCUCUGUCUGAUGUGCACCGUUCGGGUCUACCUGACAGUGGCGCAAACCAGGCCUCAAAAGCAGUCCUCAUGUGGAAGGUCAAGUACUCCUUGUCAGGACAAGAUUUGAAGUAUCUGGGGGACUCGCAACAGGUAACUGAGGCGCUACUCUCUUCUGUACGAGCGCUCUUUUAGCAAGGGUUCAUUUUCUCUUCAUUAUUAGAUUUUCUCUUCUUCCUCAUAGGACGCACACGAGUUACUUGUGAAUAUGCUGUGCCAGCUGAAGGAGGAGGGCACGACACUGAAGAUGCUCGGGGUGAGCUAUACCUGCCCUGUUUCCCAGCUGGAGUUCCAGCUUGUGUCGGUGCGCACAUGUACCAGGUAAGAGCUCCCAUUGGUUCUAAUGUAUCUACUGGGAACAUGAUCUUUCUACAAAUAAUAUUACAAAACACAUGGCAUAACAGAAACAUUGUAGAGACCUGAUGCAUUUUGCUUCUCUUUGUCCUGCUUCUGAAGCUGUGGGCGCGAGUCGUCCACCAGAGAGGACUACAACAACCUCUCAUUGGACUUCAGCCCUGAGCGCACCUUGCUGAGCAGCCUAGCACUCACUUUCAAGGUCAGCACUUAGGGCUCAGCACUUUGAGGGUAGAGACUAACACCCAGGGCAAGCUGCCCACUGCCUCAGAAUAAUGUAUCUUGUUAUUGUAGUGGUAUCAUUCGUUUUGUAAUGCUUUUGUUUCUAACCCAGGGCAAAAAGGUUGAAUUCACAUGUGAGGGCUGCAAAGGCCUCCAGGCCUCAAAGGUGGAGCAGUUCCACACACUGCCUCUGUGAGUUGCCCCUUUAUAACCUCUCAUACGACUGGCAGUGUUUAAUGAAAUGAGUGGUCCUUGUGUCCUGAGCCUUUAGGAGUAGUUACCUUCCUGAGCAGGUUGUAGGACUUAGGGAUGAGCACCACCAAACAAAUUUCACUCUUCUGUUAUUUUGUUGGCUGGUUUCAUUGUCUGUCUGUUAAUCUCUCUCCCUCUAUGUCUCUGGGCAGUGUGCUGGUUCUGCAUCUGAAGAGGUUUGGAGGACCUGGGGGGUUGGAGAAGCUGGAGGCUCCUCUUUUGUUUCCUCCAGAGCUGAGGCUCUCUGAUCUCUGUGGGGACAUGGUUCCAACCCUGCACAUUGCCAGCCCACAGGCCCUCACCAACCAGGCCCCCAGCAUCCAGGUGUCCAUCCCCCAGACCAAAACCAGCCAGGUCUCCAGCCCCCAGACCCUCACCAGCCAAGUCUCCAGCCCACCUGGACAGGCCAAAGACAGCGCCCUCUGCUGUUCAGGUAGGUCAUGGCACUAUUCUUGCUCCAACACCACACAAACCACCCACUCCCAAAACGGUCCUGCAGACAGAGAAGCUAGAAGCUGCAAAUUAAAAUGUUUCUCAGACAUAUUUAGUGAUGUAUCUGAGCUGUUUUAGACCAGAGCAAUUCAGACAAGUGACCACGUUUUUCACAGCUCUUUAUAUGUAUAUUUGACCCCUCAGAUUCAAAUGACCAGGAACCAGGGAAAGUGUUGCAGACAGCCUCAGUGGUGAGGAGAGAGAGAGAGAAACCAGUGAAAAAUAAGUUAUGACAGAACACUGAGAUAGUUAUGAGGAGUACAGAUGUAGUAGACCUCCUGCAGUAGACUAGUAGACUGUAGACAGUGUGGUGGACUGUAGAGGAAAUGACAAUCCUAUGAUCACAUGUGUUUUCUUACAGAAGCAGCAGCCAGUGAAGUCAGUGAAUGGCUACUACCAGCUGACUGGCGUAAUCUCUCAUUUGGGAGGCCUCGCAAACUCCGGUAAGUAAAUACCUUAAAACACACACAUGCAGAUACACAGUACAUAAGACUUAGGCUGAAUCCCAAAUCACUCCCUUCUCCUCAGCUCUCCAUUUGCGCGUUCACGUGCGCCUCUGCCAUAUACACAAGUAUCCCAAAGCUGAGGGAGUGAAAAUGAUCGAGGGUGUAGGGCAGGGAUCAUCAACUAGAUUCAGCCGCGGACCAAUUAUUUUCUUCUUCCCCAGAUGGGCAGGGGUCCGGAACGUAAUUACAAAUAAUUUGUAGACUGCAAAUUGGCCGCAAGAAGCCCAAACAGAUAUAAUAUUUGACUCAUUUCAAACCUUGCUUACAUUUGUAUACAGUCACAUACAUCUCUUUAUUGUGCGUGGGAAUACUUUGUAACAGAUUUCCAAAAUGAAAAUCACUUGGAGCUGAUUUGCUGGUGUUUUUACAGUCUUUUAAUAAUUAAACAUUUUUUGCUCAGAAAACAUGGGGGGGACCAAAUAAAAUCACCCGUGGGCCAAAUUCGUUCCGCGGGUCGCCAGUUGGGGGACCCUGGUGUAGGGGAUAAUUAGACCCUCCAAUAGCCACUUCGGCCAAGCGAAGUGCCAUCCCGACAUGCACCAUGAUAUGUUUAGAGUUUGCGCAAUUCAAAAGAAUGGAGAGGCAUGCCUAAUUAUAUGCCACGUGUAUUUGUUUAUCUCUGAUUUCGAAACUUGACACAUGUAACAGAUAAAAUACCUCCCAAAUUAAAUGUUAACUUGUACAACACACUUCAUUACCCACAAGAGCCUGACCCUUGACCUCUAGUCUGUCUUCCUUGUUCCACAGGGCACUACGUUAGUGACAUCCUGAAUGCCAGUGGAAACUGGUUAUGUUGUAACGAUAGCCAGGUGUCAAUGUCCAAUGAAGCCACUGUGCUGAAGACCAGAGCCCGGAGUGCUUACCUGCUCUUCUAUAUGUUCAGGUACUGCUUACUCUCGCCAUCUAUAUUCUUGUGUUGCUAUAUACAGUAUCUCACAAAAGUGAGUACACCCCUCACAUUUUUGUAAAUAUUUGAGUAUGUCUUUUCAUGUGACAACACUGAAGAAAUGACACUUUGCUACAAUGUAAAGUAGUGAGUGUACAGCUUGUAUAACAGUGUAAAUGUGCUGUCCCCUCAAAAUAACUCAACACACAGCCAUUAAUGUCUAAACCGCUGGCAACAAAAGUGAGUACACCCCUAAGUGAAAAUGUCCAAAUUGUGCCCAAAGUGUCAAUAUUUUGUGUGGCCACCAUCAUUUUCCAGCACUGCCUUAACCCUCUUGGGCAUGGAGUUCACCAGAGCUUCACAGGUUGCCACUGGAGUCCUCUUCCACUCCUCCAUGACGACGUCACAGAGCUGGUGGAUGUUAGAGACCUUGCACUCCUCCACCUUCCGUUUGAGGAUGCCCCACAGAUGCUCAAUAGGGUUUAGGUCUGGAGACAUGCUUGGCCAGUCCAUCACCUUUACCCUCAGCUUCUUUAGCAAGGCAGUGGUUGUAUUGGAGGUGUGUUUGGGGUCGUUAUCAUGUUGGAAUACUGCCCUGCGGCCCAGUCUCCGAAGGGAGGGGAUCAUGCUCUGCUUCAGUAUGUCACAGUACAUGAUGGCAUUCAUGGUUCCCUCAAUGAACUGUAGCUCCCCAGUGCCGGCAGCACUCAUGCCAUGCCCCAGACCAUGACACUCCCACCACCAUGCUUGACUGUAGGCAAGACACACUUGUCUUUGUACUCCUCACCUGGUUGCCGCCACACACGCUUGACACCAUCUGAACCAAAUACGUUUAUCUUGGUCUCAUCAGACCACAGGACAUGGUUCCAGUAAUCCAUGUCCUUAGUCUGCUUGUCUUCAGCAAACUGUUUGCAGGCUUUUUUGUGCAUCAUCUUUAGAAGAGGCUUCCUUCUGGGACGACAGCCAUGCAGACCAAUUUGAUGCAGUGUGCGUCGUAUGGUCUGAGCACUGACAGGCUGACCCCCCACCCCUUCAACCUCUGCAGCAAUGCUGGCAGCACUCAUACGUCUAUUUCCCAAAGACAACCUCUGGAUAUGACGCUGAGCAGGUGCACUCAACUUCUUUGGUCGACCAUGGUGAGGCCUGUUCUGAGUGGAACCUGUCCUGUUAAACCGCUGUAUGGUCUUGGCCACCGUGCUGCAGCUCAGUUUCAGGGUCUUGGCAAUCUUCUUAUAGCCCAGGCCAUCUUUAUGUAGAGCAACAAUUAUUUUUUUCAGAUCCUCAGAGAGUUCUUUGCCAUGAGGUGCCAUGUUGAACUUCCAGUGACCAGUAUGAGGGAGUGUGAGAGCGAUGACACCAAAUUUAACACACCUGCUCCCCAUUCACACCUGAGACCUUGUAACACUAACGAGUCACUUGACACCGGGGAGGGAAAAUGGCUAAUUGGGCCCAAUUUGGACAUUUUCACCUAGGGGUGUACUCACUUUUGUUGCCAGCGGUUUAGACAUUAAUGGCUGUGUGUUGAGUUAUUUUGAGGGGACAGCAAAUGUACACUGUUAUACAAGCUGUACACUCACUACUUUACAUUGUAGCAAAGUAUAAUUUCUUCAGUGUACUCACUUUUGUGAGAUACUGUAUGUGUACUGUAUGUACAGUAAGUGGUUCCUUUCACCCUUCAGGACAGGAGAGCAGCAGGCCUCAGCACACAGGGCCUAAUAGGGCCACCAGCACCAGCCUCAACAGGGGCAGAACCUGGCCCAGCCUCAACACCCCAAGCCCAGACUCAACACCCUCAGCCCAGCUUCAACACCCCAAGCCCAGACUCAACACCCAUAGCCCAUCCUCAACACCCUCAGCCCAGCCUCAACACCCUCAGCCUAGCCUCAACACCCUCAGCCCAGCUUCAACACCCUCAGCCUAGCCUCAACACCUUCAGCCCAUCUUCAACACCCUCAGCCCAGCCUCAACAGGGGUAGUACCAGGCCCAGCUUCAACACCCCCAGCCCAGUCUCAACAGGGGUAGAACCAGGCCCAGCCUCAACACCCUCAGAUCUGCCUCGACAGGGGCAGCACUGGGCUCAGCCUCAACAGGGGCAGCACUGGCUCAGCCUCACACCCCUAGCCCAGCCUCAACACCCCCAUGUUUGCCCCUCUUCAUGUCUUUCCCUGACGAUAUUCCCACUGCUGUGUCAAAAAAUAAAAUAA